ACAAAUCUUCAGGAAAUCAUGGCGAUGAUGGUGCAAACCGCUUACAGUUGACAAAAAUAGCAAAAUAUGGCAUCAUUUGAGGAGGGCUUUAUGUUUGGGAGGUUUGAUGAUCUGAGUCCAGAAGAACAUGCAAGGAUUUAUAAUAUUCUACAUGGACAGAAAGGAGAGACUGGAAGCAAAGUAGAAUUUCCGUGGGAUGUAGAGGAAGAAGAGGUAUCAGGGGCAGUUGGAGGUUCUGUUUACCAGGAGAAGAACUGGGCAGAUAAUUCUGUAGAAUUCCGUUACCAAGACGACAGUUAUCAAGGACGGGCAAAUGAGAGCUCACAGUUUAGUUUUAUGUCGGGGGAACCCCAGGCAGUUCAGCCAGGCAGUUACGAUAGAAAUGUGUAUGCACCUGAUGGUGUAAGCCAGCCAGUACCUACAAACGCUGGUCAGUACUCUGGCCAGUUUGUGGUUCCUGGUGAUGGCCCUUACACUGCCACAGACAGUGAUCAGUAUAUGCCUGAAAACAUGGAACCAGGGUCAGAUAGGUAUAAUGAUUAUAGCCAAAUUGAAAAUCAGAAUGAAUUAUAUGAUGAGCGUUGUGGUUCAAGUUCAAAGUUACAGGCAAGUUUGAAACCUUACGAGCGCAGAAAUAAAAAGAAAAGACCACCUAACUAUUAUAAGCAGUCAGACACUGCAGUUCCCCAACGUGGUACAAAUGACUAUCCUCCCAUGCAACCAGAUCUCACACAACCACCACCCAAUUUUCAUCCAGAAAUGCAUUACAAUAUGCCUCCUCCAGGGCUUGUUCCAAACCAAUAUAGAGUUAAUAAUAUGCCGAAUCCAGCCAAUGUCGCAAAUUUCCGAGCUGGUAUUCCGAUAGCAUACCAUGGUGCUCCUGCUCCAAGCAGUGCUGGUAAUGUGAUUAUAGAUAAUGUUCCGAAUAAUCAAAGACAAGAGACGGGGGAUCUUUGUGAAGUUGUGAUUGAUUCUGUUCCCCCACAGAAUAACGCGAACAUUCCCGCUAGACCCGAAACAUAUCAAAUACAAGACCAUGAACGGACUAACUCGCAGAUUAAUGUAGAUAUAGUAAAUCAAAGUAGUGCUAAUGUUCACGAGUUUCACCCAAACACAAAUAUUGCAAUUGAAAAUAGAAUGUCACAUUUAAACAUAGAAAACACAGGUGAAGCUAAGCCAACAAGAGUGGAUGUGUCUGUCAAAGAUGCCCAAGUCCUUGAAGAACCUAGUCAGGUGCAGUUAGAUGACACUCAAGUGAGUGAAGUUAAACAAUUAAUUGUAACCAACACUGUUGAUGCAGAGAAUGUUGAAAGUGAUACAAAGUAUACAGAAUAUGCUGCUGAAUCGAAUAUUGUGGAUAAUUCAAAAGUUGGAACAGAUUCCAUGGAAACAAAGGAAGAACCUAUUACAAUGAACGCGGAACCAGACUCUGCUCAGCAGGAGCCAAGUUCACAGAAAGAUCCCGUCAUUUCAAAACAGGAACCCGUAAAAUCUAAACCCGUAUCUUGGGCAGGUUUGUUUAAAUCUAGCAGCACUAAUGUGACAGUGAAUGAAGUUCCCGUGUCAAAUACUGUGGGAGAUAACUCUAGCAGUAGCACUGAAAAUGAGCAGAGAAGUGAAAAAGAAUUAUCCCCCAUUCCUGUUCCAGCUUCUGAGGACAGUGCAGCUAAAGAACUUGGAGAGCAUUUAUCCAAGAUGAUUAUCAGUCAUGCGUCAGUCUCACUACAACCUAGAGGACUUGUGAACAGGGCAAAUUGGUGCUAUAUUAAUGGAACAUUACAAGCCCUGGUUGCCUGCCCUCCAUUCUAUAAUUUAUUGAAGAAGUUACCACGGUACCCGGCUCUGUCACGAGGACCUUCCUCUACACCUAUACUGGAUGCUUUGGUGGAGUUUGUACACGAGUUUCAGCCAAUGUCAAGAAAUUUUGAUAAAGGUCAUAAAGGUGUGAAGGAUAUCACUCCAGGAGCACCAUUUGAGCCUGUCUAUGUGUACAAGAUGCUUCAAGCCAUUGCUGUCAACCCACAUUUCAAGCUUGGUAAGCAGGAAGAUGCAGAGGAAUUUUUGAGCUGUAUUUUAGAUGGUAUGCAUGAAGAAAUGUCUGCAGCAGUUAAUCUAAACACAAACAAUAUUGAUGGGCAUGAAUCUGUUGAGUCAGAAGAUAGUUACAUGAAUGGUUAUGUUCAUGCUGAAGGUGAUGAGAUAGAAGGGGAACCAGAGGAUAGCUGGGAACAAGUUGGACCCAAGAAAAAAUCUGUUCUUACUAGAAGGGCCAAUUUUGCUAAGACACCUAUAGCAGACAUAUUUGCUGGGAUGGUGAGGUCUGCGGUUUACAAGUCUACAGCAAAAGAAACAGCCACGCUGGAACCUUUCUUUACAUUGCAGCUGGAUAUACAGUCUGAAAAAGUUUGGAAUGUGAAGGACGCACUUGAGGGUCUUGUCAGCAAGGAACCAGUCAGUGGAUACACCUGCUCAAAAACAAAUUCUGAGGUUGAGGUGAUGAAGAAACUAAGUUUGGAAGAACUGCCCCCAGUCCUUAUUCUACACUUGAAAUGUUUUGUAUAUAACAAAGAUGGUGGAUCACAGAAACUCAUGAAGAAAGUAGACUAUGGUAUUGAACUGGAAAUCACCAAAGACUUGCUGUCUCCAAAUGCUCGUAGCAAGCUUACAUUACACCAGAGAUCAUACAAGUUAUUUGCAGUUGUUUACCAUCAUGGAAAGAAGGCUACAGGGGGACACUACACCACAAAUGUAUUCCAUCCUGGAAUUAAUGGCUGGGUGAACAGUGACGACAGCCAGGUGAAAACUGUGACUGCCCUGUCGGUGCUGAAGUACUUGCCACCCCGUGUUCCGUACCUACUGUACUACAGAAGGCUCGACAGCCACUAGUGGUACUUGCCUCCGCGUGUUCCGUACCUAGUAACCUACUGUACUAUAGAAGGCUCGACAGCCACUAGUGAUAUACAAUAGUUAUAUACCUGACAGGGACAGGGUAAUUUCUUCUGUGAAAAAGAAAUAUUCUGUGCAAAUUAUUGUGCAGAAACUAUUAUGAGCUAAUGAGAAAAAAUGACUUGCAAUUCCAGUAGAGAAUUGUGUAGAUUCUGAGUAAUAUCGUGUUAUUUAAGACAAGAAUGCUCGGAAAGAAUAGUUUUCAGUCAGUGAAUUGAGUACAGUUUGAUCUUGUUUCUUGUAUAUAUGCAAGAAUGUUUCACUGACACAAUACAGAGGAGCAAGUUCUUGCAGUGGAGAAUUUAGUGCAGAAAAGGGAAACAUUGUCUACUGAAAGCGGACUUCCUAUGCCAUGGGUUAUUGUUUUCAUUAGAAAGCUGAACGGAUUAACUAGAUUGUGAUAAAUUAAGUGAGCGGGUCACCGUUUGUGAGUUUAAGUUCUUUAGUAGCUGAUUAAGAAAGCUGUUAGCAGUUUUCAUUGACAGAUGUUAGGGGAUUUAAUAAACGGGUGUUAGCAGCUUUUAUUGAUAACAAGGGGUAAGGGGGAAGUUUUUAGAUUGACUGAAAUAAGGUCAUUUGAUGUGUGUAGAAUAAAGCUGUUAAUGAGACUGUGAAGCGCAGAAUGUUACUUUCUGUAGAUAGAAGGAAAUGCAAUGUACAUGUAUGUUGAAAACAUGCAGAGAUUUGCAUGUUGAACUGAAAUCACUCUGUACAGAGGACAGUGAUAAAAUAUAGUGUUAAUUAUAAACACAUAAAAUAAUAUAUGGAUGAAAUGCAGCAUUUUCAGGGCAAGUGACUUCUACACUCAGUAGAAAACAACAGUUUUGUGCACUUUAAAUAUUACUUUGUAGAACAAUUCAUCUAGAAUAUAUGUGUUCUACUAAAGAAGAAAAUCAGAAUGAUACUAGUUACUGUUCUGCAUAUAUACUAUAUGUUAUUCAUGAAUUUUCUUAUGUGCAAAGAUUUGCAUUUUAGUUUGACAAUUGAAUUUUUUUUCCAAAUAGUGUUUUUGUUGUUACCCUUUUUGGUUUAAACAAUAUUUAUUUUCAAAUGUGUAUUACAUACAAACAUAGGAUUGAGGAGUUAGCUAUAAGCUUGUAUUAAAUACCUCUUUCUUGUUACCCUUUUGUUAGCAUCUGCGUUUAUGUCAAAAAGUGUUACAUGUCAGCAGGUUUCUCUAAAACUACCUGGCCAGAUGCUUUUGGAUAUACAUUUGAUAUGGUGAGAUGACCACAUCACAUUUUAGGUAACUCUAGUUUUGAUUUUGUCAGAAUUAUAUCUUAGAAAUUUUAGUUUAUGUUUUGCAUGUAAGCAGGUUUCUCUAUAUGAGACCAAAUGUUUUCAAACUUCACACAUGCCUUUGGCAUCAUGAGAUGACUUCACAGGGCAAAUUACAUAACUCUAGCUUUUAUUUUGUUAGAAUUAUACCUCUUUUUAAGAAAGUUUUGCAUGUAAGCUUAUUUCUCAGGAACUACUUCACCAAAUGUUUUCAGAUUAUCGACACACAUUUGGCAUCUUGAGAUGAUCACAUGGCAAGUUUUAUAACUCUUAUUUACAUUUUGGCAGAAUUAUGCCCCUUACCCAAGUCAGUUUUUAUGUAAAAACCAAGUAUUAGGUACUAGAAGGGCUUCAGAUAGGUUAGGGUGCUGUCUUAUGACAGCUUCCUAAGUUGAACGUUAGCUUUGUCAGAUUUAUAAUCAAUUGUGUUAAGACAGACCUAUUUAUGUGAAAGUAUCAUUAUAUGCUCUGUUGGUGAAGUCUGGCAACCUAGUUGUAGCAGUCAAGAAAUAGCUGCUAUCUCCUGUUUUAUGUAAAAGAUACAUUAUAAUCAAAAUUAUUUAUAGCAUUGCAUGUAGUGUGUCUUUUGAACACUCCAAAAUUGGUGAUGAGCUGCAGGAUGUGAUAACAUGGGCUGUUUUAUUCUGUGCUUUUGUCUAAAUUAUUUGAAAGAUGUUUCUGUCUAACAUUAUUGCUUCAAUUAAGGUAAGAUUGCAAAAAUGGGGUUUUUUCAUGGAUUCCUGUGUUUAUGUAAAAAUAGAUGGGAAAGUGUAGUUUACAUGGUACUCAUGAGUUUUCAGAAAAUUUAAACUGGGUCACAAGAGAUUAGGGAACAUUUAUUCCGCUAGAGCAAUCUUUGGACAAAAGGUGGUAUUAACACAUACUGCUUGUUGCGCCAACAUCACAUUGAUGGCAAAAUGCCCACUUUGCAUAAUCUUUAUGGUCUAAAUUUUAACACAUAAAUUCAUGUGAGACGAUAUUAACAAAAAUGAAACACAGGCAUUCAUAUUGUGUAAAGAGAUGCUAAAGUUUUGGGUAUAUGGAGUAUGGAAAUGUUACGAGGAUAAAAGAACUGUUCCCACCAGUUGUAUUCAACAGUAGGUCUGCACUGAUAAGAUGUGCCGUUUAAUGGCUCUGUCUAUAAGCUGAACAAUAGUUUCAGUAAGAUCCCUUGUCAGAUUGCAUAAACUUGUGUAUGUUACAGUGUUAUAGAUAUUCUUUGAGCAGCUUGACCCAUGGGAAUGUGGUAGAUAAGAGCUAAAUUUGCUGUAAUGUAUCUCACAAUGCUCUUUAUAGACAGUUUUUGUCCCAUAACAAUCCCAGAGGAAUUUUUACUGUAUAUUCUUUUCUCUUGUCUAAGAAUUAAAUACGUUAUGUAAUGGAGAUGAAACUUGGUCAAUCUAUUUUGUAUGUUAGCAUAGCAAAAUUGGGCCAUCAGCUAUUGUUAAAUCUUCAUGUGAAUGAUAUUUAGAGAAGUUGGAAGGAAAUGAUAUAUUCUUAUUGAAACUGUAUAACUCUUGAGGCAAAAAAAUAUAAGUAUGAUCCUUAUGGUAAAGUAAGUCUUGUGGUAGGUUCCGUAUUUAUAAUGCUGAGAUGUAUAUAUCACAUGUAGAGUAAUGUGUAUUUAACUCGUCUUGUGCAUGAUAGUAAUAUAAAGCCCAAGGUGCAAAAGGUGUAAUAUGUAUAAACCCUGUGUAAAAUAAUUGACCUGAUUUAAACAGAGCAGUCCAGUUAUUUCAUGUUGAAUAUUCUUUAAACUGUAAACAGACAUCAGUUUGAUUAAGGACUGUAAUGAUUAUUGUAUUAUAUGACUUGUUAUUGUAUAUAAAUUCAAAUAUUGUAUGAUUUGUUAUUGUAUAUAAAUGCAAAUGCAAAUUUGCAUUUUUUGAAAGAAAGUGUUAAAAGGGACAUUUUCAGGUAUUCUGUGAGAAUAUAACUAAAUAUUAUGAUGCUGAGGUGAUUUAUUAUUGACUUGGUCGUAAUUGUUAACUUAAGCAUAUUGUUUUAUUGUAUUAUUGUGAGUAAGGAGAGGAGGAAAAGUUAAAUGUAAGGAGAGAAAAGUUUACUUAUAUUUUCAAUAUUUUACAUAUUUUUUUUUUUUUGUAUUUGAAUAAGCAUUUAUAUGUUGGAAUGUUUUCCCUUAAUUCCCUGGUUUUGUAUCGUUAGAUCACACUAAAUGUCAUAAUAUUUAUAAAAGAAUUUUUUUGUGGUUGAGAGAGGUUGGGCUUUCCUACUUGUAUGGCUAGGCUUAUGUUUAGGAUUUCAUUCCCUCUGAGAAAUUUAAAUUCAGAACAUAGUAAGUUAUUUACUCGGUUUUGCUAUAGACCAGUUAUAUUCUUCAGGGGCCUUCUUGGCUGAAUGGUUACGGGCAAUGGCUACGACUUACCUGCCCCUCACUGAUGCAGGUUUGAAACCUUGCUUGGGGUGAGGUAGAAUGUGAGGAAGCCAUCCAGCUGGCUUAUGAAGGUCAGUGGUUCUAUCAAGGUGUCUGCCUGGGCCGGAAACCAUGCUCACAGGGGCACCUGGGGGUCUUCCUUCAUAAUCUACAUUGGUCGCAAAGGCAGAAUCCAUCGUGUCCAGCAUGAUGAGGGUUAGUUGCUUUUGUUCUAGGACAAUUCAUUUAUGAAAAGAAUUUGAAUCACUGUUUAUUCCUAAUCCUUGUGUGAUUGUAAGGGUUGACUAAUGGGGUCUUAACAUUUGGGCUUGCUGUAUCUCUGUAAUGCCAUCAGGUGUGAAAGUCUUGAUUCUGUACCUUAUAUUUUUAUCCCCCGCCGAUGAAAUCGGGAGGGGGGUAUUGAAAUGGCGUUGUCUGUCCGUCAGUCCGUCCGUCCGUCCGUCCGCAGCCAUUUCUCAGUAACUACUUGGUAGAAUUUCAUGAAACUUGAAAUAAACAUGAACCAACAUACUGCGAUGAUGCCCGUCAAGUUUUUUUUUUGAUUGGUCAAUUUCCCUCAGAGUUAUUGCCCUUGAUUUAAUAAAAAAUGUCCGUCUGCAGCCAUUUCUCAGUAACUAACAGGUAGAAUUUCAUCAAAUUUGAAAUAGACAUGAACCAAGAUACUGCGCUGAUGCCUGUCAAGUUUUUUUUUUGAUAGGUCAAUUUCCCUCGGAGUUAUUGCCCUUGAUUUAAUGAAAAAUGUCCGUCUGCAGCCAUUUCUCAGUAACUAGCAGGUAGAAUUUCAUCAAACUUGAAAUAGACAUGAACCAAGAUACUGCGAUGAUGCCCUUCAAGUUUUUUUUCGAUUGGUCAAUUUUCCAUAUAGUUAUUGCCCUUUAAUUGUUUAAAAAUCCACAGAUCUGUAUAUAACAAACCAACUAAUUGGAAGAAUUUCAUUAAACUUCUUUCAUUCUUUUCCAUGAACAUUUAUUAUAAACAUGUGAUGUUAUGUACCUACACCUGGUCACCACCUUACCUUGGUCACCUCCCCCCCCCCCCCCAAUUUUUCAUUUUUUGUUUUCUAUCAAUAUUUAUAAUCAACAUGUAAACUGUUGUAUCCUCACCCCACCCCCCACCUAAACAAACCAUUCAUUUUCUUUUAAUUUGAUUUUGACUAAUGAAAUUAUUUGCUUCUUGGUAACAUCCUUAACUUUUUGCUGGUUAUAUUUUUUUGCCGUUCCUCAACUCUGACCCUUUCGGCGGGGGAUUCCAGUUCAUCGAAUUUGCUUGUUUAUUUUGCUUUAAAUGAAUGCUUCUUUUUGGAGCCAUUUAAUCUGUAUGGUAAUAGUGUGUCAUAAAACCCAAGUCAGCAAAUCAACAUUAGCUUAUUUCAUUAUUUUAGAUAAGUUUUGCAAACUUGUGGUAGCAUAGAUAAUCCACUGUUUGUGCUGAUGUUUUUUUGAAGAAAUUAAGAUGGCUACAAAACAAGUCAACGUCAAAAGUUACGUUAUAACCUUUUCGAGUUUCUGAGAAAGACAGCAAAACUUCCAUUUAAUCUUUGUUAUAGAAACUUAAUAGGUUAGGUUAUAAAAGUGUUUAUGUAAAUGAAUAGAAACUAGACUUACAUAAUAUUGUUAAACUAUUUAACAUUUAUAUUUGUUUUAUAGAUAUUAACACAUGCUUGACACUGUUUUUGCAUUUUUGCAAGAACCUGUUAUAAAUUUAUGUUUAUUUCUUUUUUUUUAAAAUUAAUUUAUUAUUACAUUAUGUCAUGAAUGUUAAAGUAUUUUUCUAUGAAACAAAAAGAACAUAUAGUUGCUCUGUUUAUUCUGCUGUAUAAAUGCAUUUUACAGUCAAUUUGAAUGCAGUUACUUGUAGUAGAAAGUUAUAUAAUGGU